CUGCUCCAUUUCAGCUGUCAAUUCGGCGAAUCUCAGCACAUAGAGAAAACAUUAUUCGGAAACGCAAGGUCUUUGUGAUAAUCUGUGGCGGUGUUUGCAAAAUUUCGCGGUAUUUCGUUACUGUUUUUAAAAUGUCAUUUUUGAUUCGUAAUCUACCGCAGGUGUGUUCCCGACUGUCGAAUGGUGUUGUAUUCCAACGAAACUUACUGCAUACCGGACGAAUGCUUGCCAUGGCGAAAGUACAGCAUCCUGCACCAUCCUUCAAGGGAACAGCGGUCGUAAACAAUGACUUUCGUGAAAUCAAACUAGAGGAUUACAAGGGCAAAUACUUGGUGCUGUUUUUCUACCCGCUCGAUUUCACAUUCGUUUGCCCAACGGAGAUUAUCGCUUUUAGCGAUCGCAUCAAAGAGUUUAAGGAACUCAACACGGAGGUGGUUGGUGUUUCCGUUGAUUCGCAUUUCUCACAUCUCGCUUGGAUCAACACACCACGCAAAGCAGGCGGUCUUGGCAAGCUGGAGUAUCCGCUGUUGGCCGACAUUACGAAGCAAAUCUCCGCCGACUAUGGCGUCCUGCUGAAGGAAGGAAUCUCACUGCGCGGUUUGUUUAUCAUCGAUCCGAACGGGGUUGUGCGUCAGAUUACGAUCAACGAUCUACCCGUCGGUCGAUCGGUGGACGAAACGCUACGGUUGAUAAAGGCGUUCCAGUUCGUGGAAAAGCAUGGCGAAGUGUGCCCGGCCAACUGGGAACCGAAGACGAACGCGGCCACCAUCAAGCCCAACCCGAAGGAUUCGCGUGAAUACUUCGAAAAACAUGGCAAGUAAUAUAGAGAAUCUCUCUGGCGAUGAAGAAGAUGCAACAUACCUGUGACAUUGUUUAUGACAUUAAAUAAAAAAAGGAUUCAAGAGCCUUUCGCAUUUCUUUUGAAACAUAA